GGCUGAGUGUUACAGACGUUUGUAAGACUGCCUAGGGUGGUGUUCGGUAAAAAUAAAUUGACCAUCUUUCAAUUGGUAUUAGAGCAUGGUUGAACGAUGGUGAAGAAUGCAGAACUGUGGGAACUGACACGAAAAAUUGAAUCCUUCGUUGGGUUUACUAAUGAUAUUUUGGGAGACCCUACGUUUGUGGAUUUAUUUACACAAGUCAUUGAUUUGAGACUUGACGCUGAGAAAGUUCAGGGAGAGAUUGGUGUAUAUCGACAGAAUGUUGAUAAUCAUAUCACUGAAAUCUUUGAUUUUUAUACCACAACUAUGCAAAAACUUGAGGGACUGUAGAAGGAAAAUGAGAACCUUCGUGCAGAGCUCGUUGUAUUGUGUCGGGCUGUGGCUACGUUGAGUUCAAAUCGUGUUGAAUCAUCUAAGGUUAAGAUUCCAGAACCUAAGGCCUUUAGUGGCGCAGGAAGUGCUAAAGAACUGAAAAAUUUCAUUUGGAACAUGGAACAAUAUUUUACUGCUGCAAAGGAUAAGUAUUUGUCGGGUGAUGCUAAACUUUGGUGGAGGACUCGAAAUGCAGAUGUUGUAAGUGCUGGUCGUCCUAGAAUUGAUACAUGGGAUAAGUUAAUAAAAGAAAUGUGUGAUCAAUUUCUUCCUAGCAACACAUCUUGUCUUGCAAGGGAUAAAUUGAAAAGGCUAAGGCAGACAGGUUCGGUGAGGGAAUACAUUAAAGAAUUUACCUCUGUGAUGUUAGACAUACAGAAUAUGUUUGAUGAGGAUAAAUUACACAACUUCAUUUCGAGUAUGCAAGGUUGGGCUCAAAACGAACUCAGGAGGCAGAAUGUUAAAGAUAUGCCUGGUGCAAUUGCUGCUGUAGAUUUAUUGGUUGAUUUCCGAAUGACUCGUCGUUUGAUAGAUGUUCCCUCCACUUCAAAAACUAAGAAAAAGAAUGAUAAGAAAGGGGAAUGGAAAAAUGAUAGUCGUAAGGACAAUACAAAUGACAAAGGGAAGGCACAAAUGAAGGAUGGGAAAGACAGACCAAAGAACAAAGAUGGAAAUUCUAAGGGUUGUUGGACUUGUGGUGGUCCUCAUUUGGCCAAAUCUUGUCCAAACCGAGAAAAAGUGAAUGCUUUGCUUGGUGGAAAUAUGAAUCAAAGGGAGGAGGAUGAGGAAAUCGUGGCUGCAAUGGCAAACCUGUUGGGAUUGUCCUUCAAUCAUAUUAUAGGGAUUAAUAAUGUUGGAGAAAUGUCUAGUACUUCGAAUCCUCAUGCUUUCUUAAUUCAUAUAGAAAUGAAAGUGAAAGAAUAACGUUGAUGGAAAUGGUUGAUACAG